GGUCGGUGUGUGCGCGAGGGAGGAAACGAAAGGGGACACGGGGGGAGAAAAAAGUAAUUCCGUUUUCUGCUGAGUUUGACACGCUAACCAUCUUUCGGUCUCACUAGUUACCACAGACUGGCUUAAAGAAUAAUAUUUUCUCAUUCUACAAUUUUGGAAAAGAGUAAGACAGUUUAAUGGAAGGGCAUUGACGUGCUUGUAUUAUGGCUGCAUGAUAAUCAUUGUUAGAUGUUUCAUGGUAAGGAUUAAGUGGAAUCGCAUUGUAGACCUGGAUUUCGAUGUUAAAGUGAAGGCGGUUUCGCCGUUACGUCUCUCCUCCGGUAUUUACUAUGGGCCGGUAGUAUGGACUUCACAGACUACGGAGAGGGAGAGCGCGUCGCGGCAGUUCGGAACUUCCUAUAGUUUCCCCGCAAAGGAAUAGAAGUAACUGGUAGAAAAUAUUGCAGUCAAUUUUAGUUAGUGUGAAGGGAUGGCUGGAUUUGUAUUUUUCAUAGUACUGUGCGGUCUGACGUUUUUUGGAAAUGUAAGGAGCAAGUCCUACCCGCAGCGCUACAACCUGUAUGCUGGACAAAGCCAGGCCCAGGCCCAGAUACAAACCCAGAACGGCGCUCGGGCGGCAAGCAGACACAGAAACUGGUGUGCAUACGUGGUGACUAAGACGGUAAGCUGUGUGGUGGAGGAUGGGGUGGAGACCUACGUCAAGCCUGACUAUCACCCCUGCACCUGGGGAAAUGUGCAAUGUUCACGUGUGUUGGUGUACCGCACCUACAUGAGGCCCAGAUACAAGGUGGCUUACAAGAUGGUGACAGAGAUGGAGUGGAAGUGCUGCCAUGGAUACAUCGGGGAAAACUGCGGCGAGGGACCAAUUGGUGCUGGGUCGGGAACCCCAAUUGCCACGGCCCGACCAAGACCCAGACCAGGACAAACUGGUACGGGUUCUGGUCAUGUGCUGAGUGGUCGAGGAGACAAUGACAAGAUGCUUCAGCUGGAGGACAAGAUCCAGAGCCUGACCAAGGACCUCCACGACCUGCAGUCCACACUUAGGGGCAUGAACGAGCGCUUCCAGGAGGAGAUGCGCAAACCAGACUUUACCGGUGGCUCCGGAGGGGGCAAGAACCCUGCAGACGCAGCCCAACCAGAGAUGAAAGAGACAAUCCACAGCAUCCAGACAAAACUGGACCAGCUGGACAACCGGACUCAGCUCCAUGACAAGACAUUGGUCAGCAUCAACAACCACCUGGUCAACGGGAAGGGCGGGACGGGCAACAAUCUAGGGGGGGCAUUUGUAGGCGGUGGUGUCAGCAGUGGACAGCUGAACGCACUUAAGGAGGAGAUCCUGAGAGAACUAGAGCAGAGGGUGUCACUGUCCUGUUCCUCCUGCAAGGCUGGGGUAGAUCACCUGCGCAGACAGCAACAAGAGGGCCGUGAGAGGAUCCGUGCACUUGAGAAGCAGCUGAACGCCAUGGAUGUACGCUAUCGUCUGAGCCUGGACGAACUGAGGAGGGACCUGACCCGCUCGCACAGCUGCUGCAAUACUGUCAAUGACCUUAAGACCCGGGUCACGGAUGCCGAGCGGAAGAUCAGCUCUGCGUCAGAGAACUAUGAUAUCAUACAGAGCCGCCUGGACAAGGAGCUGUUUGGUUCCAAUGGUGGUGAUUUUGGAGGAGGACAGGGAGGAGGAUUUGGCAGUAGUGGAGGUAGUAUAGAAGGCACCAGAAGACCAGAGGACAGACUGGACAGCAGGCUGAGGGACCUGGAGAGGAGAGUUAACAACACAGUCCAGAGGACUCCAGAGAACUUUGCCUACAUGGAGAAGGUCCUGAAGGACUACCUCCACAGGGAGCUGGGAGAUCUACGGACAGUGUUCCUGGAUCGUUUCGAUGACCAAGCCUUCAGAAUCUCAGACGUGGAGCUAGACCUAGGCUUGGUGAAGGAUAAGGUGUCAGAUCACAACAAGCGGCUAUUAAGUCUUGAGAACAACACCUCCCUCUUGAAUAGGAGGAUGGAGCAGUGUGGCUGUGGGGGAAUCCAAGAAGAAGGAGGGGGCAUUGGAGGAGGAGGGAGAGUAUAUGGAGUAGGGGGCCCUGGAAGUGGUGAAGGAGGGGAUGGGGGAGUAAUUGGAGGGGGGAUAGAUGGGAGAGGGGAUGGAGGAGGUCUUGGAGGAGGGGGAACAGGACUACUUAGUGGAACUGGGGAAAGGGAUGGAGGUGGAGGAAAAGGAGGGGGAGGAUUAGGAGGAGUGAGAGGAGAUAGUGUUGAUGAAGACACAGUGAAGUCCCUGGAGUGGAAGGUAAUAGCCAACGAGAAUGACAUCCGUCGCUUUGACACUCGUCUCAAAGAUCUCUCCAUUUCUGGCGACUCCCUCAUGGACAAGGUUGUUGACCUUAGCCAAGACAUUCUCAGGAUCAAAGCUGUGACAGGGGAGAAGGGAGAACAUUUUAACCGAAUCGUCACUGAGAUUGAGAUGCUAGGCAAUGACUGCGACGCCUGUGGGAGGGUGGAAGAUGAGUUGAGGAAGCUGAAGAACCACACACUCCAUACCCUUAACCGCUGGCAGACAGAUAUAAAUGCUAUCCGGGUCAAGGACUCCAGUCAGAACUCCUGUUCCCAGGUAUGCUCUGACAUCCAGGAAGAGGUGGGGAGGCUGAGGGAAGACAUGGAUAAGUGCACUGUGCAGUGUAAGGUCGGCCCAGACACUCCCACAGGCACUGGAGGAGCAAGAGGAGGAACAGGAGUCGGUGGAACAGGAACUAAAGGAGGAAGGCUGGUUGAACCUCAGAAGCCCCUUGAUGGCCACAGUGUGAUAGGGGGCACAUUCAACAACAACCACCUGAAGACACUUCAGGGUGAGCUGUCAGAAGUCAUCCUGACAUUCAGCUCCAUUAACGACACAUUGAAGGGUCUGGAGCACACAGUUCAGAAGCACAGCAGCGUCAUAACUGACUUAGGAAACACCAAGGACAAGAUCAUCUCUGAGCUUGAUAAGAUCCAGCAGGAAGUCAACGAGCACAUUGAGGAAAGCCUUGACCGGUUGGACAGAGUUGACAAGGACGUACGCCGUUUUGAGAGCACGCUGGUGGUGGAGAUUGGUGACUGCAAGCGUUCUGCCGAUGGGCUGGAAAAGAGGCUAUCCAAGAUGGAAGGAGUGUGCGCAAGGCUGGACCAAGUGUCUGACUCACUAGCAAGGAUUAAAGAUGGACUAAACAAGCAUAUGUCAGGGCUGUGGAACUGCGUCAAUGGGCUAAAUGCAACUGUGACCUUCAACGGAAUGGUCAUCCAGGACAUAAAGACAACACAGUUUGAUGGGAUCCAUGGGAAAAUCAAGGACCUGAACUCCACCGUCAAUAACCUGCUCAAGGAGUUCCACAGCCUCUCAGAACACAACCUCACAGGCCUACCUGGUCCCCAGGGAGAGAGGGGCUUUGCUGGGAUACCUGGGCCCAAAGGUCCCUAUGGACCUCCAGGAAGGCAAGGAGAGAUUGGUCUCAGAGGACUUCCAGGUUUGCCUGGUGCUGAUGCCCAUAUGCCAAAGUUGUCCUUCUCAGCUGCCCUCACAAACCCCAUGGUCAAUGCAGGAACCAUUGUCUUUGACAAGGUCUUUGUCAACGAAGGAGAAUUCUACAACCCAAGGACAGGCAUCUUCAGGGCACCCGUUGACGGCCACUACUUCUUUAGUGCCAUCUUGACAGGUUACUGGAAUGAGAAGAUCGAGGCAGUCCUUUCCAAGUCUAACUAUGGCAUUGCCCGUGUGGACUCUGGAGGCUACCAGCCUGAGGGUCUGGAGAACAAGCCUGUGGCAGAUGCCAAGGACACCCCAGGCUCACUGGCAGUCUUCAAUAUCAUCCUACCCCUCCAGAUGGGGGACACUGUAUGCAUCGACCUGGUGAUGGGCAAGCUGGCCCACUCUGUGGAACCUCUCACCAUCUUUAGCGGAAUGCUGCUGUAUGAGAAGAUGUGAUUGUAGGAUGCAUGUAUGAAUGGAUGUUCUACAGAAGAUAUGGAGAGGACAGAAAAAGGAAUGGACUUCUUUCAGCACCAAAGAUUUUUAUUGACGUCAGUUUUAAACAGUAGAAAAACAAUGACAGAGUCCAAAGAAUGACGAAUGAACCUCUGAACUGUUAAAGAAGUUGUUUCCUGGUCUUCCACCUUAUCCCUGGUCCUUAGAUAUUACCUUAAGACCUGACUUUUAAAUAACAGGAAAUUAUGUUAACAAAGCACAUACCUUCUCAUAUUAUAACGUAUACUCCACAUUUUUUCCAAUGUGUUUUUACACAGGUUUGUACUACUGCAGGAUGUUUUAUAUUCUUAUCCUUAUAAAGCCUGAAACCCCAUAACUCAAUCCA